GGGUCCGCCCAGUUCUAACCACACCAAGGUUCACUUUACCAUUGAGGGGUAUAGUUCGCGCACCAGCACAAUAUCAAGGGCUCUAGUAUACCCCCGGAACAAUGUCGGCCACGGACCCUCAGAGGAUCACCUUGAUCGGAUUGGGAACCAUCGGUAUGUCCAUGGCCGCGUUGCACCUCUCUCGUGAGAAUGUGACAGUGGACGUAUUCGACACAAGACCGGAUUUCGACCAGUUUCUUCUCAAGACAUUGCCAAAUUUCCUUGAUCAAGGUCCAUCAGCCAACUCUAAGUCCCAACCAUCCACAUCAGCUGUGGCUUCAUUGGUUGCCUCCGGUCGUUUACAUAUCCAUACAUCACUAGAAACCGCCUGUGCCUCAGCCACGAUCGUUCAAGAGCAAGGACCCGAAAACCUCGAGUUUAAGCAGACCCUCUGGGCUCAGGUGGAAUCAUUUGCUCCACCGUCUGCGCACCUCUGGACCAGCACGUCUGGCAUUGCCGCAUCCGCCCAGCAACAAAAGAUGGACGAUAAAACACGAUUGCUUGUUGUGCAUCCUUUCAAUCCGCCGCAUAUCAUGCCACUACUAGAGAUUGUACCCUCGCCUGAUACGUCGCCAGAGCGGAUAGAGUUUGCUCGCGAGUAUUUCUCCGGUCCUGGUUCGAAGCAUAGACCUGUGGUACUCCAAAAAGAGAUCCCAGGGUUUGUGGGGAAUCGUCUGGCAUUCGCACUACUACGAGAGGCAUGCUACCUAGUGCAGGAAGACGUCGUGAGCGCAAAAGAUCUCGACACAAUCAUGAUGGCUAGUCUUGGGCCAAGGUGGGCGGGCAAUGGUGUGUUCGAAAGCUAUCAGCAAGGAGGUGGUGAAGGUGGGAUCCAGGCUUUUCUGGACAAGCUAGGUGGCACUAUGCAGGUCGUGUGGGAUAAUUUGGGUAAAGUAAAUGUGUUAGAUGAAAAGACCAGUUGGAAGGAAAAGGUCGUCACGCAGGCCAACGAAGCUUACGGAACCCUGACACCAGGACAAGUCCGCGAAAAAGAAGAAAGACUGAAGGACUUUGUGGCGAUACAGACUAAGAAGUACGGAUAUGAUGUACCUGAAGCAUAGCUAUACGGGACUCUGCUAGUACUUUAUAAUGUAGUGCAAGAAGUAUCAUAG